CUGAAGGACGCUUACCAGGGUGACCACCGUCCUGGCGUCUCAGACUUGAUCAAGGCAUAGAGCGGUAAAGGUGUGCGUGAAGAGGAAAAACAACAAAGCCUUGCUGCCCAGCCCCCGCCCCUUGAGGACUGACGGCUGACCAUGGAUCUGUACCUCAGUAACUGUUAUACAGCUGCUGAAGCCGCUGCCACUAAGGCGGCCGCCAGCAGCCUAACUGCAGGCGCGGAGCAGUGCGGCAUUAGUUCGCAAAAAAAUCCCAUUCCAGAGGUCGGAGCAGUUCAUUUAUUGGAUCUGCCUCUUGGAGUCAAGCUGCCCGUUAUCCCGGGAAGCAAUAAUUUAUUCUAUACUACCAAUAUAAGUGAAAAGAAAAUGAUUGAAAAGCAAAGAAAUAAGUUCUAUGAAACCAAGAGAGCCCAUGAAAAUUAUGAAAAUGCACGGUUCCAAGAAUGGCUGUUAUGGGAAAGUACAAAAGCAACUCCAGACCAGGAACUAUUAAUAAGGAACAGAUACUUAAAUAUGAUUAGUAGAGAAUUAAGCAAGGUUGAGCCUAUAGCAGAAAAUCAGAGCAUACUCCAGAUGAAGAAAGAAGAAAGACAUCAUCGGGACUGCAUUAGAAGAAAACUUAGUCUACGUAGACAAAUUGAAAAGGAAUGGAAGAUAAAAGAAAUGUUACUUCUGACCAAGAUUGGAGAAGUAAAAAGAGAAGCAAGAGUUGAGGAACUACAUCAAAAAGUCAGAGAAGAAGCUCACCAGAAGACUGCUAGUAGGAAUUCGUUUCAGAGUUUAACAAAGCCUGACAUCAGCAUAUUGGAGAUUUUAAGAGAUGUCCAACGCAAAAAAGACCUUAUCAUUCGGUUAGUAACUCAUGAUAUUGAUCGAGAAGUUUCAGAAAAUAAAGAAGGGAGUUUAACUUCUGAUGAAGAUGAAGUUGUUUUACAAGAGGUUGUAAAAGAAGAAUUUCCAGAAGACCUAUUUGAAGAUCAAGUAAAAGAAGAGGUGCAGCCCAUUGCAAGUGCAGUGGCUUUUCCCAAGCCACUGAUGAGCAAGAGCCAUCUGAAAAAAUGUUUGUCACUCAGAACAUGUUAUCAUCCAAAGUCCACUGUAACUACAACAAAUAUUGAAGCAUCACCAACUCAAUGGACAGAAUCUGAGGAGACACAAAUACAAAGAAUUAUUCCUAUGGCUAAUGUGGCUACUUCAAAAUCCUCAACUGACACAGACUCUUCCUUUUGGGAGAGAAAGACACAACUAAGUAGAGAAGAAAUGGAAUCUAGUACUGAACUGACACAUUACUUCAUACAUAGAAUUAUGAGUACAUCCUCAUACAAUGAAGAGGAUCUGCCUUCAUUUUCUAGUAAUGAUGAUGAUUGUCCCUCAACUCCGAGCGCAAAAAUAACAGAAGAUAGUUUUGAACUGGAGAGUACAAGCAGUGUUAAGGUAAAUGUUUUUCACUGGCCUCUCAUUGUGAGCCAGUGAAGCCCUGAUAGAAAUAAGGGACUGCCUGUGUGCUGUGCUUUGAGCUCCGGGAAAGAUUAGUCUCUGUAUAUAUGAAUGAAUACAUAUGCUCUCCAGUGUCAGACACAGAAAAAGAAGCCAUCACGGUUUCUUUAGUGCCAAAGUCCUUACCAUAGUCUAUUGGGCCCUACAUGAGCUGCCCACCCUAUCUUCCCAGUCCCCCGUUACCCCUCUGUCACUGUUAACCCUCUCUCCACUCACUCCAGCCACACUGGCCUCCUUACCGCUCCCCUAACAUGCCAAGCACACUCCCAUCUCAGAUGCACUUUGCACUUGCUUUUCCUCUGCCAAGAAUACUCUAUCCCCAAUGUGUCUUGCUCUCCCAUCUCCUGCCGAUUUUUGUUCAAAAGUCACCUUUUCAAUGAGGCCUUCCCUGACCACCCCAUGUAAAAUAGAAACACACACACACACAAUCCCCCUUAUCCCACUUUAUUUUUCUUCAGAGCACUUAAGUCACCAUUCAUUCAUUCAACAAUUAUUUAUUGAGUGCCUACUAUGUGCCAGGCACUGGAGAUCCCGCCCUCACCCUCUGGUUCACUAUAUAUUCACUUGAAUAUAAGCUUCAUGAUGGCAAGGGCUUUGUUCAUAACUGUGUAUGUCCAGGACCUAACAUAGGACUGAAAUAUAGUAGAUGCCCAACAAAUGGUUGUUGAAAGAACACCCUUAGUUGUCAGGGCCAAAUUUAGUCUCUGUAUCAGGAGAUCCCUGUGAAGCUUAUGUACAGCCACAUUUGGGAACUACUACACAGAGCAGAGGUUCUUAACCCUGGCUACAGAUUAAAGUCAUCUGGCAAACUUUAAAACCAACUGAUGAUAAGGUCCCACCCUCAGAGAUUCUGAUUCACUUGGUCGGGGUUGCAACCUGGGCCUUGGGAGUACUAAAAGCUGCCCAGGUGAUUUUAAUGGACAGCCAAAACUGAGAACCACUGACGUAGCCUACUCAUGUCAGGCCAUUUGGUAGCAUCUGCCCCUCUUGCUUCCUUCCAUCAGGAAUUCUCAGCCUGGCUGCACAUUAGAGUCACCAGGGCAACUUAGAAAACAGACCAAUACUUGCCCCACCCUCAGGGAUUCCUGUUCACUUGUGGGGCCCAAGAAUGCCUGUUUUUGAUAUUUCUCCCAAUGAUUCUAUUGCACAGCCAGUGUUAAGAACAACUUUAGAUUGUUCAUCCCUUUAAGUAAACUAUUUUGCAAUGUCUUAAUCUACAAGAUGCCUCAAAUACUCUUAGAAGAAUAAGAGUCAAACUUUGAUGAUAAUACUUUGCUCUCCACACCAUCAAUACAAAACACACUUCUCACAUCUCACAUGCAUGUACCAUGUUUCCCCGAAAAUAAGACCUAACUGGAAAAUAAGCCCUAGCAUGAUUUUUCAGGAUGACAUCCCCUGAACAUAAGACCUAAUGCAUCUUUUGGAGCAAACCUUAAUAUAAGACCCGGUCUUAUUUUCGGGGAAGCACAGUAGGCCUUGCUUCACUGACUUGCCACUUCCUUUAACUGCCAUCAGCAUGGAGUGGCUACCCUGCAGGCCUUCCACCUCCCCCAGUCUAUUUUUUGCCCUUCUAGCAUCAUGUUGCUUCUGCAUUCCAGGUGGUGCUCAAGGUCCACAGAGCAAAGCCGGUAUCUGAGCCACUAUCCCUGCCCUGCCACUUCCAUGCUCCUGCAAUCCCACACCGCCACUUGCUUGCUCCAAACCUCACAAUGGUUAAGAAUUACUUAAAAGGAGACUGCGGUAGUAAAAUGGACAUCCCUUUUCUUCCCUUCUUAAGACCUCCCCUAUCAUUUUAUUCUCUCAGAGAAGGAUCUAAAACAUUUUACUUAUUCCAAGCUCCAGAAGAGAGGGGGCAGGCAUGGCUAACAUGUUUUGAUGACCAGGGAACCUGAGACCUUGAAAUUAUCCUACAGGGUAACCCACGUCCAAGUCUGGGGCCAAUCCUGGGUGUCAUCAUUGGCAAGAAUUAUGAGAAGUCACGCCUAGGAUGCCACAAUGGUUAUGCCUUUUAAGAUUUCUAGGUAUUUCUAGUGUUUGCUAUCCAACAAAGGUCAGAGGCUUAAGCUAGUAUUUCACCUUUGUCUUGGCAGUUUGUCACCCUCUAUCAAUGCGAAAGUGCUCUGGCCAGCCUGCAUUUUCCAAACAAUGGCAUUUCAGGUACAACAUAUUUAUCAUUUUAUGAUAAAGCUCUCAAGUGUGUCAUUUUGAAUAUAGACGUUUUGAUUAUUCUCCCCUUGCAGUGAGUGGCUCCUGCCUUGCAGAGCCCCCACCCAUCACCACUAUGGGGUUGAAAUAACAUUACUAUGUAUAUAGACUGCAAUUUGCAGGUUAUUGUGCAGUUGUCUGACUUGAACCUCACAGCAAAGAGGCCUCAGGUACUGCAAGUAAUAUUUAUUAGGUAUCAGCUAUGUAGCAGGCAUUGUGCUAGGUGAUUUUCUCAUAUCCAUCCUGUGAAGCAUCAUCUCCAUUGUACUGUUAAGGAAACAGUGUCACUGAAGCAGAGUAGCUUACCAUGCUGUGCUUCCUCUGCAAGCCUUAAAGUCCUAUUUUACAGAAGAGACAAUGGAGGUAAAUGACCCUCCUGAGGUUGCACAGCCAGCAAGUGGCAGAGCCAGGGCUCAAUCCUCACACGUCUUGUGGAUUUCAUCCCACAUUCUUUCCUCCUGCCAGCCAGGUGCUACAUCUAGUUGCCACUGCAUCUCAGAAUUGGGCAGUGGCCAACGACAGCCUGCAGAGUUCACUGGCAAGUAAAACAAAGCCCAUCUAGGGUUCCAGCUGUGUCCAAUCAAAUAGUAAAAUCACUUUCCUGUGACGGUCCAGCCGCCACAAAUCGAACAGU